AUGGAAUGUAGGACCCUAGUCUAUGCACCAACUGAGGUUGCUAUUGCAGAAUUGGCAUCUCGUGUUUUGAAGCUGUUAAAAGAGUCUAAUGCAUUGAGUUCAGUCAGCAGGAUUCUCUAUUUUGGGGAUAAUACCGUGCCAAGUGUUAAUGCAGACAUUCAAGAGAUUUGUUUGGAUCAAGUUGGAAGUGAAGAUAAUUUUUUACAAAUAAGAAGUGCUUCCUUAAUAUUUUGCACUGCUUCAAGUUCAUACAAGCUAUGUUCAGUGCUAACAGAGGCACCAAGAUUAUUAGUUAUUGAUGAGGCAGCACAAUUGAAAGAGUGCGAGUCAGUGAUACCAUUACAGCUUCCUGGUGUUAGACACACUGUGCUUUUUGGUGAUCACUGUCAGCAAAUGGCAAAAGUUACUAGUAAUGUGUCUGGUAGAGCUGCAUUUGGAAGAAGUUUGUUUGAAAGAUUGCUUUCAAUUGGUCAUUCAAAGCAUAUUCUGAAUAUGCAAUACAGAAUGCAUCCAUUUAUCAGUUAUCUUCCAAAUUCGGAAUUCUAUUGCAACCAAAUUUCGAAUGCUCCCAGUAAAUGUUAUUCAAAGUGCUUUCUUUCAAGUCCAAUGUUUGGUCCUUACUCUUUUAUAAACGUUACUUGUGGAAUAGAAGAAGUGGAUAGCUUGAAAUAUGACUUUAAAAAUUUGGUUGAAGUAGCAAUAGUGAUAAAAAUGGUGCGAAAAUUGUUUAAAGCAUGGAGCGGAUCAAAGCAGAAGCUUAGUGUUGGAAUUGCUUCUCCCUACACUGCCCAAGUUGUUGCAAUUAAGGAAAAAGUUGGGCGGAAGUAUGAAAGCCUUGAUGGAUUUUCGCUGAAAGUUAAUACAAUCGAUGGAUUCCAAGGUGGAGAAGAAGAUGUAAUGAUAUUAUCUACUGUAAGAUCUAAUACUGAUGAAUCAGUUGGGUUAAUUUUCAAUCGGCAAAGAACUAAUUUAGCCCUGACAAGGGCGAGAAGCUGCUUUUGGAUUGUGGGAGAUGGAAAAGCACUUUCUAAUAUUAAUUCAGUUUGGAAAUUGAUAGUCCAAGACGCCAAGGAUCGUCAGUGUUUUUAUAAUGCUGAAGAAGAUGAGGAAUUGGCUAAUGUUGUGUUAGAGGUGAAGGAAGAGCUUAAUCAGUUUUAUGAUAUCCUAAAUGCUGAUGGUAUGCUUUUCAAAAAUGCAAGAUGGAAGGUUAUAUUCAGUGAUAUCUUCAAACAAUCAUUUCAAAAGUUGAAGCCUUUAGAAACAAAAAAGCUAGUUAUCAAUUUGUUACUGAGGCUUUCUUGUGGCUGGCGACCAAAGAGGAGGAAUACAAAUUUAGCUUCUGAUAACUCUUUUCAGAUGUUGAAACUUUUCAAGGUCAAACAUCUGCACAUUAUAUGCACAACUGACAUUACGAAGGACCUAGAAUACACCCAAGUCUUGAAGAUAUGGGAUAUUUUGCCCUUAGAGGUUAUUCCAAAUUUGGCUAAACGUCUCAAUUCUGUUUUUGAAUCUUAUACUGAUGGUUUUAUUAAUCGUUGCAAGUUCAAGUUUCUGGAGGGGUAUGCACAUUCUGCUUUCCAGUAG